AUGCCAGAGCACGCGAAAUACCUGUUUGUUGCGCUACCCUCCUCGAUUACACCAUCUGGGCACAAAGACGAUGCGAUAGGCUCGAUACAACGUGCUGUGAAGACUGAGAAUGGCCAAGUCACGCCAUUCAAUGUGCCUGACUUCAAGGUUGGCACUCUGGAUGCUUUGAUACAGCAGUCUGAAGAGCUUGGAAAGAUUGAGGGACUAUGCAAGGGUGUGGUGUCGAAGGUCGGGGAUACCCUGCGGAAUGUUCUUGAGGGAGACGAGGAGAAGAUAGUGAUGCACAAGAAUGUCAAUGACAAGCCAUUGGAACAGUACCUGAGAACUUUCAGCUGGAACAAGGUCAAAUAUAGGUCCGAAAAGCCUAUAGCAGAGCUUAUGGACUUACUGCAGAAGGAAGCCAACUCAAUAGACAAUGACGUUCGCACAAAAUACAAUCAAUACAAUGGUUUACGGCAACAGUCCCAGAAUCUCCAACGGAAGCAGACCGGCAAUCUGAGCACGAAAUCCCUUGUCAGUAUCGUCAGUCCCGACAUGCUUGUCUCUGACUCAGAGCACCUCGAAACUCAUCUGGUCGCGGUUCCAAAUUCUUCGGUUAAGGACUUCCAGAAAUCCUAUGAAACUGUCUCGACCAUGGUAGUACCAAGAUCGGCCUACUUUAUACAGAAGGACGACGAGUUCAGCUUGUUCGCCGUCACUACUUUCAAGAAACAUAGCUCAGAGUUCGUACACAAAUGCAGAGAACGGAAAUGGAUUCCACGUGACUUCAAGUUCAAAGAAGGUGGCAGAGAAGACGAGCAGAAAGAGCUUAGCAAGACUGAGGCUGAAGAGAAGAGAGUAUGGGGCGAGACAUUACGGCUAGGACGAACUGGCUGGUCGGAAGGUGUUAUGUGCUUGAUCCACGUCAUUGUGCUAAGAUGCUUUGUCGAGAGCGUUCUGCGGUAUGGUCUACCACUAGACUUUGUUGCAGCUUCGAUAAAGUCGGACACGAAGAAAGCCGAUAGGGCCAAACAAAACCUGGACUCAGAAUAUGGGUAUUUAGCUGGCAACGCUUUCGGCAGAGACAAAAAGGGUAGAAUAAGCAAAGAUCAAGGGAUUUCGCAAACGGACGUGAUGGGCGGUGCUGGAGGCGAUGCUUCGGAUUACUCUGCUUAUGUUUACUACGACGUCGAGCUUGAUUGA